AUGGCAGCCACACCUCCAGAGACCCCUUGGCUGCUCCUGGACCACACAGCUGCUCAGGGAACUUUAACCUCUGGCCCCUUCCACACAGCCCGGCAUGACCCCUGCAGGCACUCGCCUGUCACUCGCACACAGAAGGGCACAGGACACACAGCCUGGGGGAGCCGCUGCCAGCAGCUGUUGGCCUCAGCGUUCUCUCGAAGGCAUUGGCACCAGCAGCCACUGGGACCCCUUCAGAAAGCGGUUCAGGACACCAGCCCUGCCCCAACCUUGACCCAGACACCGCUGGGUGAGUGGCAGCUCAGCUCCAAGGUGUCCCCACUGAUUAAGAGUAAAUAUUCCUACUGGCCAGAAUCAGGCACUGGGAUCUCUCUCAGUGAGACAGUCAGCCUGAUGCAGGCACCCCAAAACCUGGCACACCAGGACUCAACACCCCACAGGGAGGCCCCAUGGCACCCCCACUUUACAGACACACCAGCAGAGGCCACUGGAGCCCUGAGUGAGGACGGAGCCGGCCCAGAGCCUGGGGUCUCAGCAGACAGUGCUCAGAACCAGCAAAGUCAGAAAAGUAAAAAAGAUCUGCAGCCAAGGAGGGCUCACGAGAGCUUACCAGGAUUGUCCACUUUAAUCGUCAAAACACCCCUGACAUACGGGUCCUUCCUGGCAGGUGAGGAAACUGAGUUUCGAGUAGGGCAUCCAGAGCUGGGGCGGGCAGUUGGCAGCCUGCAGCCCCUGAGGUCCUGGCAGAUCUUCCCUGGCCCCCAGCCAGACACGCUCCACUCCAGCUCAUGCACCUGUCAAUCACCUGUCCAGGACUCAGGCCGACUGGGCCUCCCGUCCUCCCGCCAGCCCCCUUGCUCAUCGCUGGGGCCUCCCUGCGAGGCUGUCAGCGGCCGAGGUGGGCGCCCUUGCCGGGGUGGGUGGCCAGCUGUCCCCCGGAUCAGGCCCCCUGCAGCAGCCUGCCUGGAACCCGAGCCUGGCCGCGCAGGGAAGGAGCGGCGGCCCCGGAAUGGCUCCGCCCAGCUAAGGCCCGGGCAGUGGCUCCCGUGCAAGGUGGGCCUGUGCACCCUGCAGCCCCUGGGCCCUCCUGGAAAAUCCUUCGCAUCCUGCGGGACCUGGGCCGCCAGCGGCCUCCCAACCCUGGGCAUCUGCCCUCGCCUCCGCCUGGCAUUGGACUUCUGAGAACCCUGGGCACGAGGGCAGCGUGGGCGCAGUGGAGGCUGUCAGUAGGCCGGCGCUGAGAGGACGCGUCCCCCCCACCCUCCAAACGCCGUCCUGCUGCUUCAGCCAAAGCCGUCCCGGAGACGGGCCCAGGGACUCCCCGCUGCGGCCUCGCGCUCCGGGGGCCCCGCGGCUCCAGGAGUCACACACUCCGCCGCGCCCGCUCGGACCGACCGCAGACUUCGGGAGCAGAAGCAGCGCCGCGCGGGCCCCGACCCUACACCUGCCCCGGCGCCUCCGCCUGCAGGACCCUCCCCGGGCUCGCCGGGUCCUUCCUCCCCCGCCGCUCCCCCGACCGCGCGCGGUGGACGGCUCCAAGGCGGCGCCAGCCAAGACGGUCCCGGCCACGCAGCGGUGGGUGCGGUGGGUGCGGCCCCCACCACGGGCCCGGCAGGCGGGGAGGAGGCGCUCCCAGUCUCCGGCAGCGGACGGACCCCUCCGACUCCGACUCGCCGCCUCCUCCCCGCCGAGGUCCCUCCGGCGGCCGCCGCACACUUUCCGGAGCGGGAGCGACUGUGA